GGGGAAAAAGAACGAACGGUGCAGAUAAAACAAAAGCAUAAGAGCUCCAAUAAAAGAUCUUCCAAAGCUCUCGAAUCUCAAACAAUCCAAAUCCAAUCACAAAUUCAAAACAAUCUCUCUUCUCCAGCGUCCGAUCUCUGCAUAAAAUCAACCCAAUCAGAUCUCUCGCCUUCUUCGCGCGCCAAAUACAAAUCUCCUACCUCCCUCCAAUUUUGUCUCUCUUCAGGGUUUUCAUCGGCUGUCAUGGCGGAUGGUCCGGGGAGUCCCGCCGGUGGGAGUCACGAAAGCGGCGGUGAACAGAGUCCUCAGUCGAACUCGAACAUCAGGGAGCAGGACAGGUUCCUCCCGAUCGCUAACAUAAGCCGGAUUAUGAAAAAAGCAUUGCCUGCUAACGGGAAGAUAGCUAAAGAUGCUAAAGACACUGUUCAGGAAUGCGUUUCUGAGUUCAUCAGUUUCGUUACUAGCGAGGCCAGCGACAAGUGUCAAAAAGAGAAGAGGAAGACGAUUAAUGGUGAUGAUUUACUCUGGGCAAUGGCUACACUAGGUUUUGAAGAUUACAUUGAUCCCCUCAAGGCUUAUCUGUCUAGAUACAGAGAGUUAGAGGGUGAUACAAAGGGUUCUGCAAGGGGUGAUGGAUCAAGCAAGAAAGAUACAGUUGGAACUCAGCUUGUUCCAAAUUCACAGUACACUCAUCAAGGAUCCUUUUCGCAAGGAAUGAAUUUUUUGAAUUCACAUGUUUGAACUUUUAAGUUCACUUGUGUAUUUGGAACAAGUGUGGGACUUUGAAGAUUCUUGUUUACUGAUUCAAUAGUUUGCUAGUAAGUGGUCAGUAAACAGAGAUUGGUACCUUUAAUAUUAUUAUAUAGGCUUUUAUAUUAGUCUUAUAUAUAAAAAAAAUGUAUUGUUUAUCCCCUGUUGUUUUUAUUGGGAUGAGAUUUAGUGCUAUUAUGUUGAAGUUUGUAAGCUGUGUAUGUUGAUUGAUGUAUUAACUGUUUAUUUGAAUUAGUAUGCUUCUUUUUUUAAACAUGUAAA